AUGGCUGACUCGUACUUUCCCAACGGAAACGAGAUGUUCGGAGAUGACGACAACGCAGACGAUAAUAGCCUUGUCAAUUUUUCCUCUACAAACGAGCAUCUUGACUUUCUCGAUUUAGACGCCUGCGAUGAAAAUGUCAGCUUCUGGACCCAAUCAAUCCCACCGACCCAAGACGCACAAGACGAGCCGCCCGCUGUACCUGAACAGGCUGCAGAUGAGCCGCCGCCCAGCAACAGUGCCAAUGACACCCGGGCUCCGCCGCAGCCCAGUAAGCUGGAUUGGGAAAACCAGAAAGCGAACAUCAUAGCUCUGUAUCGGGAUCAUAAAGCCAAAGAACUUCCCCGCAUCAUGCAAGAUCGGCAUGGCUUUUAUGCCAGCGUGAAACAAUACAGAAGUCAUCUAAAGGAGUGGAGUUUUGCCAAAAACGUCAAGGACCUCGAUAUGCGCACAAUCGUCCGUAUUAUGCAGUGGCGCAAGGAGAACGAAGGCAAAGAGACCCAGUUCAGAGUCCAGAAUCGUCCCGUGUCCCGCGUUAAUAUCGUGAGGUUUAUAAAAAGAAAAGGCCUCACCACGAACACAAAUACGCCGCACUUAGGACCGACGCCAGAAUAUAUAACCUACAACACCCCUCCGCGUUCAGAGUCGGGAAACACAUCUGGCAGGCAGAGUAGACCGCAUGGUUCAUCCUCUGCUUCGCAGGAUCAAAUCGCGACACCAAUAGGACCGAUGGCAGCCAACUCCCUUGAUCAUCAAACGCAUAACACGACAGCCAACGACACCGCAGCUCGGACGCGGCUGAGCACUACUCACGACACAAGCAGAGUGCAGCUCAAACUAAGUCCUGUCGAUCUGACCGACCUCUUGAUUCUUUGCACAGCCGUCCCCGAAACCGAUAUGUGGCUCAGCAUAGGAAUGAUGGGCCAAAUGCCAGAGGCCGACCGCGCAGGAGGAAUCAAUGUUGGGUCUUACUGCAGCUACUGCGGCUUUCUGAGUGACUCGCCAGUCAUUUGGGACCAGAGCCUGGCCACCAGCAUACAGCCCGACCUAAGUAUGACGAGCCCUUGGUUGAUCGCAUUCCUCGGGCUCGCCAUCAAGCACAACGAGGACGUGGUUUUGCGCCAUCUGGUGCAGCGUUGCCAGCAGGAAAAGUUCGCGAAGCGCAUUCACCGCCACUUGCUUUGCAUAGCACUGGAUCACGGCCGAGUUGACCUCUUUCGCCAACUCCUGCUGCAUGGCCUCGAUGUGGCCGUCGACGGCAGUGCCAGCGAGGGCUUGCUCAGGCAGGCGUGCACCACUCUACAUGACUUCAUAAUCGCGCGUAUAAAGCGGGACGACAAUGUUGAUAGCAUCGCCGAAGCGAUGGGCUUCAUGUACCGCGCGUGCAUAAUGGGCGAGAAACUGUGGAAAGAUGAGGUGCUGUGGACCGCGCUGCAAUGCCGGCGCGCGGGCGUUCUGCGCGUGUGUCUUGAGCCGCCGACCAGUGCGGUGCUCGAUAUCGACGAACUGAUGAUCAAAGCGCCGAAGAUUCGUGAGAUCACCCAGAAAACGGGAUCGACCCAGGCGGCUGCAGAGCUUGUCGUGGCUGCGGCCAGCGUUGUUCCUGAGAAUGGGGCAACGGUACUGCACCUAGCCACAAGCUUACUGCUCGGCAACGAGGUGCGGCGGCUCCUCGACACUGGAACAAAUGUAAAUGAUGCCAUGAAGACGGGCGAAACGGCGCUGCACAUCCUCGCGGGGCUGUCCUCCCCGAACGGCGAUGAAGUGGCCCAAAUCCUCCUCGGCCGGGGCGCCAACCCGGCCGCCGCAGAUUCCGUCGGAGACAGCGCGCUGCACCACACGGCGCGAAACCCAUGGAAGUACUGGAGGGAGCGGUUCGCGUAUCUGCUCGUGCAGGCCGGCGCUGAUAUCAACACGCUCAACGACCGUGACGAGACGCCGUGCAUCACGGCGACGCUGUCCCAGGACCUGACGGCAGCGAGAGGCGCCAUGCAGUGGUUCCUGGACAACGGGGCGAGCGAGGAUGCGCGCGACUGCAACGGCAACACGGCACGGCGCUAUCUCGAGCAGAGAGAAAGAGACAGUGAGCCUGGGAUCUUGGACAUCUUGGGCGGCAUCUGGGCCUUUGAGGAGCCGUGGACUGCGGAGGACCAGGAGAUGGAUAUGCGCGCCGAGUUGCUGCACCAUCAGCUGGAGUUGUAUGAGAUGUAA